AUGGCGACGGUUGUUGCGACUCAGACCCAGGCCGAGGCGCUGGAGCUUGAACUUCCAACCAAUGCCUCAUUUGGACAACGGCGCACUGCGGACUCGCAGCGACUUGGUCGGCACUUAUCUGACUCUAGGCCUGAAGAAUUGAACUAUGAUGCUUCUAGCACAGAUACGUCGAAUAUGUCCCGUACAAGGGCCACCAUCCUGGUGACCACUCUGACAGGCCUCACUUUCGUCGGAAGCAUGAGCACCGGCCUACUCACUAUUGGACUGCCAUGGAUUGCGGCCGAUUUGAAUCUCCCGGAUAGUCUGCUCCUCUGGCCAGCAUCAGUAUACUCUCUGGCCAACGGAUGCUGCCUAUUACUAGCAGGAUCUCUGGCAGAUUUCCUUGGAAAUCGCAUGAUCAAUCUGCUCGGCUGCUUCUUCCUAUCCGUCUUCAUCCUGGCCUGCAGCGUCUCUCAAACCGGCAUCCAGCUGAUUUUGUUCCGAGCUUUCCAAGGCAUUGCCACGUCGAUGUGUCUUCCAACCGCAUUCAGCAUUCUGACAGACACAAUGCCUGCCGGUAAGCGGCGGAACAUAGGAUUCGCUUGCUUGGGACUGGGGCAGCCCUUCGGGUUCUCGGUUGGGUUGGUCCUCGGGGGCAUCUUCCAGUCCUCAGUCCUUGGAUGGAGAUUCGGGUAUUAUCUAUGUGCGGGGGCCAUGUUCAUCCUCACGCUCGUGAAUUAUUUCAAGCUGCCGAAAGACAGCCCCAGAGAGCCUUUUACAUUCUAUAGACUCCGCACGGAGAUUGACUGGGUUGGAAUCGUGCUGUCGAGCUCCUCCUUGGGACUUAUCUCCUAUGUUUUUGCCGUCAUUACUGAUAGCCCUUCGAACGUCGAGAAGGCGGAGAAUAUCGCACUUCUCUGCAUCGCAACCGGCAUGAUCCCUGCGUUUUGUACCUGGAUGUGGUGGCGGGAGAAGAACGGGAAAUCCGCGCUGAUCCCGAAUUCCCUUUGGAAGAACACGGCCUUUGCUUCCAUCUGCGUGAUGGUCCUUUUCUCUUGGGCCGUUCUGAACGGCAUGGAGACGAUUCUCAGUCUAUUCUUCCAAGAGGUGCAGCAGCUCCCCGCAAUCCAAGCGGCUCUCCGGUUCAUGCCAAAUGUCAUCAUUGGGAUCGUUCUUAACCUGGGAACGGGUCUCCUGGUUCAUCGAUUCCACGCCAAUUACCUUGUCCUGAUUACGACAAUAUUGAGUGCUGGCUCGCCGCUCCUGAUGGCUAUUAUUGAUCCAGAGUGGUCGUGGUGGUACUGUGCUUUCUGGGCUGUCCUCUUGGGACCCUUGUCAGCUGACGUGAUCUUCACGGUCGCCAACCUUAUCAUCGCGGAUAGCUUCAGUCCCAAGACCCAAGGUCUUGCAGGAGCUGUGUUCAACACCGUUUCGCAAUUCGGCACCUCGAUUGGGCUGACGAUAUUCGCUAUCAUCUCUGCAGGAGUCACCGACCGAUCCUCGUAUCCCGAUAAAGGGUCCCCCGAUGCCCUGAUGAUGGGGUAUCGGGCCGUGUUCUGGACCUGUUUCGGGCUUAUGCUGGCUGCCUCGGGCGUGGGCGCAUGGGGCCUGCGUCGUGUAGGGAAAGUUGGUCUCAAGAGUGACUGA